AUGGCGCGCGAGCACGUCAAAUCGACGUUGGCGGCGAUGGCUUCGCGCAACACGAAGGCCGCCAACCGAGCCAAGGCAGCGAUGAAAGCCUUCCGCACGGCCGUGACCAAGAUUCUUGUAGAGGCUGAAGAGGAAGAUGCAUUAAAAUCGAAAUCAGAGAUUAUCGCGGGUGCGAUUAAGGACCGAAAGAGUGAUGCCACGCGCAUCCUCACCAACCUGCAUGAAUACUACGAGGAGCUGUCGUCGAUGAAUGAGUCGACGGCUCUUUACGACUCGCUUUUGAAGGAGCUCAUGGAGUAUUUGGACAAGUUGGAUGCUCUGCAAUCGCGUAUGUCGCAGGGCACGGUCGAAAUACCCGUUCCUGAAUCCGCGCGCGAUACUGAUCAUGAGCCGAGCACCGCGGCGUGCGGGUCACUGCAGGUCGAGCAGGAAACGCUACCUGUGAGGUUUACACACCCGGUCGAAUCGCGGAUGAUCGAGGAGCGUUCUCAGCAGAUCCAGCAGUUGAGAAGCAACAUAUAUGAUAUCCAGGACCUGUACGUCCAAAUUGGGGACGUAGUGGAGUACCAGGGCGACCAAUUAGACAACAUCGAAAGCAACAUGGCUCACGCUUUUGAGGACACGCUGGAGACCAACAUUGCGUUGAACCAUACGGCUGAACGUCGUCGCUCUUCGUGGUGGCCCAACUAUGCCCUAUAUAUACUAGCGUUUGCGCUGGUCGUGAUAGUGCUGCUUUAUCGCAAAAUGUGA